CGGGUCAGGAGCCUACAGAAAGCUGAGUAAGCAAGCCAGUAGUGUACCCUCCUUGGCAGCUGCGUCAGCCUCGGGUUCCUGUCCUGCUUGAGUUCCUGGCCUGACGUCCUUGGAUAAUGAACAGCGAAGUGGUAGUAACCGCUAGUCUCAGAAAUGGCAUCUCUCCUCAGUUCAAUGGUUCUCAUCUGAGCUCAGGGCUGCCAAGUUGCCUGCUGACUUCCGACCAUUAUGUGGACAAGAGCAUCCUACAGAAGAAAUGGUAAUUCUCCAGUUGCUUGCUGAGGUGUCCAGUGGUACCCUAUGGAGAUCCAAGUCAGUUACGAAUCUCAAGACCCUCACUUUCUGUCAGGAAUAGAAACCCUAAGACAUGCAGUGUUUGCAGUGAGGUAAUAUCAUGGAUGGGUUUUCUCUCUCCGUGGCUGGCAGAGCACUGUCAAGCACUGAAAUCUAGCCUGCCGGGAGAAAAUUUUCAGCUCCUGCAUUCUUUCCACUCUUCCAUGGUGUCCCCCAGGUUUUAAAGGGAGUGGCACAGAUGUCCUGGUUAAGACUAAAUAUCCUGAACAGCUGUAAGUCUGUGUUCUCUGGCUAAGGAGGAGAGUAGUUGCAAGAAAGUCAGCUGAGGAUGGUGAGACCAAGAUCAAGAUUGGAGAGCCGACUGCAGAGGAGAAAAUGACAGGGAAGAUUGAAGCAUUGACUGGAGAGUCUGUCGGCCUCCAAGAAGAUGGUCUCCACGAUUCCGAAGGCAAAGAACCCUGUGGCUUUGGGGAUGAAUUGAAUGAUGAGAUGCUCUUCCAAAGAAGACAGUAUGACUGUGAUGAGUGUGAGCAGAGCUUUGCUUGGAGUACAGGUCUCAUUAGGCACCAAAGAGCUCAUUGGAAACCUUAUGAGUGUGAAGACUGUGGAAAGGCCUUUCGGAUGAGCUCAGCCCUGGUUCUCCAUCAGAGAAUUCACACUGGAGAGAAGCCCUAUCCUUGUAGUUGGUGUAUUAAAAGUUUUAGUCGGAGCUCAGACCUUAUUAAACAUCAAAGAGUCCACACUGGGGAGAAACCUUACAAGUGUGAUAUGUGUGGGAAGGCCUUCAGUCAGAGCUCAGACCUUAUGAUACACCAGAGAAUCCACACAGGAGAAAAACCCUACCAAUGUAGUCAUUGUAGUAAACGCUUUAGCCAGCACUCGGGCAUGGUUAAACAUCUGAGAAUCCACACUGGAGAGAAGCCUUAUAUGUGUAACCAUUGUUGCAAACAUUUCAGUCAGAGCUCUGAUCUCAUAAAACAUCAAAGAGUCCACACUGGGGAGAAACCAUACAAGUGUGAUGUGUGUGGGAAGGCCUUCAGUCAGAGCUCAGAUCGCAUUCUCCAUCAGAGAAUCCACACUGGGGAGAAGCCAUAUCCAUGUAGUCAGUGUAACAAAAGUUUUAGUCAGAAUUCAGACCUUAUUAAACACAGAAGGAUUCACACUGGAGAGAAGCCGUAUAAAUGUAGUGAAUGUGGGAAGGCUUUUAACCAGAGCUCAGUCCUUAUUCUGCAUCAGAGAAUUCAUACUGGAGAGAAGCCCUAUCCAUGUAAUCAGUGUGCCAAAAGCUUCAGUAGGCUUUCAGAUCUUAUUAAUCAUCAGCGUGUUCACACCGGAGAGAAGCCUUACCCGUGUAGUCAGUGCAGUAAAAUGUUUAGUAGAAGGUCAGAUCUUGUUAAACAUUAUAGAAUCCACACUGGGGAGAAGCCCUAUGAGUGUGAUAAAUGUGGCAAAACUUUCAGUCAGAGUUCCAACCUUAUUCUCCACCAGAGAAUCCACACUGGAGAAAAGCCAUACCCUUGCAACAGCUGUUCUAAAAGUUUUAGUCGUGGUUCAGAUCUCAUAAAGCAUCAAAGAGUACAUACUGGAGAAAAACCGUAUUCCUGUAAUCUGUGCAAUAAGAGUUUUAGUCAAAGUUCAGACCUCACUAAGCAUCAGAGAGUGCAUUCUGGUGAGAAGCCUUACCACUGUAGUAGCUGUAACAAAGCCUUCCGUCAGAGUUCUGACCUUAUUCUCCACCAUAGAGUUCACACGGGAGAGAGGCCAUAUGCAUGUACACAGUGCACCAGAAGUUUCAGUCAAAAGUCAGACCUGAUCAAGCACCAGAGAAUUCACACUGGAGAGAAGCCAUAUGUGUGUGUGUGUGGGAAGGCUUUCAGCCAGUGCUCAGCCUUUACCCUUCAUCAGAGAAUCCACACUGGAGAGAGACCAUUUCCAUGUGCUCAGUGUGGCAAAAGCUUUAGUCAGCGCUCGGAUCUAGUUAACCAUCAAAGAACCCACACUGGUCAGAAACUCCAGAUGUGAUGCCUGGGUGAAACCUUCAGCACUGUGACCAAUCUUACUGGAUAGCAGAGGAUCUGCCAGGAGCCAUUGCAGCUUCUCUGAAACAGAAAAAGAGCAAAGUCCACCUGCCAGACAUAGUCAAGGCAGGUCAGAGUGUGCUGGCGAUUUCCCAGCUUGCUGGUGCAUGGAAGAUAGAAGGUGUGCUUGAGGCGCAAGGCGAGGAGCUGAAGAUUGUGUUGACCUUGGUGGAAGGAAUAGGGGGGUUAUUGGAUGGGAACAGAUGUCUUAUGUAUAUAUUUCAGCAAAUUGUUAAUGUUGGCUUGUGGUUUUGCUUCCCACAGUACUGUAGUAUAAAGAAGGCUCUGAGAAAUACAUUUACUGCUAGUGUGAUCAUGA